UAGGGGCCUGGCGGCAGGGAGCCCAGUAGCAGGACCAGACUGAAACUAGGGUUUUAGUGCGGCUGCGAUGCCUUGAAAAUGGGGUGGAGGCGAGUGUGGGCGUGGUGACACACUACUUUAAUCCCAGCAGACCGGAAACAAGAGACUGAGUUCGAGACCAGCCUGGUCUAUGUAGGACUCUGUCUCAAAAAAAAAAAAGUGUGUGUAUAAGUUUCUGAUGUUUAUCACUGAAGAGCAUUCUGCUGUUAUGCUGGCCAGUGCAGACUGGCGAUCUAAGACUUUUCUUUGGAGCAGAGUAUGGCACUUUGGGGUUUUGGUUCUCUGGUUAAUUUCCGUGCCUUUGAGUCUGUGUUUUACUUCCGGAUCCCACACUUACGACACCGGAAGCCGGAAGUGGGGUUUUCCACUGCAGAGGAGGGAAGGGUGACCGCCUGACUAGGACUUUCUAGGAGCUCCGAUUCUGUCGGAACGGUUGGAUCCCGCUGCUCCUGCCCUGUUCACUUCUGGCCGACUCUACUGACAGGCCAGGUAGCCCUCGAACUCAAGAUUCUGCCUCAGCUUUUCGAGUGCUGGAGCAACAGACACUGUCUUGUUGGAUGAGCAGGCACCUCUGGAAGAAUCAGCUGAGUGAGAUGGUGCAGCCCAGUGGAGGCCCAGCAGAGGACCAGGACAUGCCGGGUGAAGAAUCUUCUCUGGGAAAGCCUGCAAUGCUACAUCUGCCUUCAGAGCAGGGUACUCCUGAGACCCUCCAACGCUGCCUGGAAGAGAAUCAAGAGCUCCGAGAUGCUAUCCGGCAGAGCAAUCAGAUGCUGAGGGAACGCUGUGAGGAGCUGCUGCAUUUCCAGGUCAGCCAGCGGGAGGAAAAGGAGUUCCUUAUGUGCAAAUUCCAGGAAGCCAGGAAGCUGGUGGAGAAACUGAGCUUGGAGAAGCUUGACCUGCGGAGGCAGAGGGAACAGGCCUUAAAAGAUUUGGAGCAUCUGAAGAAAUGCCAACAGGUACAGAUGGCUGAGGACAAGGCCUCUGUGAAAGCUCAGGUGACAUCAUUGCUUGGGGAACUCCAGGAGAGCCAGAGUCGUUUGGAGGCUGCCACCAAGGAACGGCAAACUUUAGAGGGAAGGAUUCGAGCAGUUAGUGAGCAGGUCAGACAGCUGGAGAGUGAGCGGGAGGUACUACAGCAGCAGCACAGUGUCCAGGUGGACCAACUGCGCAUGCAGAACCAGAGUGUGGAGGCUGCCUUGCGAAUGGAGCGACAAGCUGCUUCAGAGGAGAAGCGGAAGCUGGCUCAAUUGCAGGCAGCCUAUCACCAGCUCUUCCAAGACUAUGACAGCCACAUUAAAAGCAGCAAGGGCAUUCAGCUGGAAGAUCUGAGGCAACAGCUCCGGCAAGCUGAGGAGGCCCUGGUAGCCAAACAGGAAUUGAUUGAUAAGCUGAAAGAGGAGGCUGAGCAGCACAAGAUUGUGAUGGAGACUGUGCCAGUCUUGAAGGCCCAGGCGGAUAUCUACAAGGCUGACUUCCAAGCUGAGAGGCAUGCCCGGGAGAAGCUGGUGGAGAGGAAGGAGCUUUUGCAGGAGCAGCUGGAGCAGCUGCAGCGCGAGUUCAACAAGCUGAAAGUUGGCUGCCAUGAGUCAGCCAGGAUUGAGGAUAUGAGGAAGCGGCACGUAGAGACUUCCCAGCCCCCUUUACUCCCUGCUCCAGCUCACCACUCCUUUCAUUUGGCCUUGUCCAACCAGCGAAGGAGUGCUCCUGAAGAACCUCCUGACUUCUGUUGUCCCAAGUGCCAGUAUCAGGCUCCAGAUAUGGACACUCUACAGAUACAUGUCAUGGAGUGCAUAGAAUAGGAACAGCAGAUGCAAGGCCACCUGUAAUACUAUGUCCUAAUCUGUGCAACUUGUGCUUUCCUGUUUCACCUGCAUAGUUCGUAAUCCAGGGCUUGAUGUCAAAGAGCUGGCCCUUUAGCCUUUUGUUCCCCCAUUAGGGUAGGUAGUCCCAUUCAUGGCUGUUUUAUUUUCCUUUUUUUUCUGUGUGCCUGAUCCCACUUUGCCUCUGGUGGCUUCUUCCCUCUUCUCCCAUUUUCCUGGGGAGUCUAGAAUGGAGGCCAGGGGCUUUCAGGGAGCAUCACUUCUCCAAGCAGGGCUAGACACAGCUUUUCAUCUCUCCAGCUGGUGCCUUUCUUGCCAGUGGGGAACUGCAGGCUCUCCUCCCAGGGCAUUGUGGCACUUGGGUCUAUAACAUGUGUUACCUCUUGUAGACAUGUGGAAAGUAUUCUAAUAUUUUGUUACUGUAAGUAAUGGUGCAGUGAAAGUACUUGUACACUGAUCUAUCCUUAAGGACAGAUGCUUAGAUGUGAAAUUGGAUCCUUACCAUGGAGGAGGUAGACAGACCUUUGGAUUUCUGCCAUCUGCUAGACAUGCUGUUCUUUACUAAAGAGUUUACUGAAGUGUCUUUUUUGGGGGGAUGUGAGCCCUUUUUAAUUCCUCUGAUGUAACUUGUAUUUUCAUAAUUCUACCCAUUUUUCUGUUAGGUCAUUGCCAUUUGUUCUUGGGCUUUGGAGAGCUCUUUGAUUAUCAGUCAGGUUAGUUUUGACUAUAACAGAAAGUGAAUAUCUUGUUCCACUUUGAUUGUGUUACUGUUUGGGGGCUUAGAAGUGGUUAUAUACUCCUAUUUACCCAUUCUUUACUCCUAUUUUUUGGGCUUUGGAAUUAUGACUGCUUUGCAAACAGAAAGGUAUUUCACAUACAUGCUUUUCUUUAUCUAGCCACAGUGUGCUCUUGCUUUUUCCAAGCACUUUGUUGCCUUCUGUGAAUGGUGGUGGCUAUAGUUCAUCACACUCCUGGAGUUUGUGAUCACAUGUUCUCCAUCAGCUAAAAUGACCUAGGGAACCAUUUAGCAGUGACUGAAAGAUUACAGAAAAGGUAACACUUCACUUGUUUUUCAAGGUUCUAGACAUUUUGUGGGACCUUACAGUCAUUGGUGUUAGACUUGCAGUUCUUGUAAAGGAAAGGAAGUUGUAGUUGAGAAAGCAGUAAAUAUGCCUUGCUCAUUCCUCAGGUCUCAAAUCUUUCCUGCCCUCCUGUAAGCUUUCAUAGUUCUUAGUGGGAUCUGUGAAUCCAUCCCUGGGCUUUUAUUCAUGUGGUUUCUUUCCCAUUAAGAGUGAGAAGGCUAAGUAGAAUUCAGAUUUUAAAAAAGGAUUUAAAAAGCAAUCCUGAGCUGGGGGCUUCCUCAGAAUUUUCAGGGACUGUGGAGCAAGUUUUCCAUUUCCUAAUUCCCAAGUAACUAUCAGAUGUUUGGGAAAAUGUUAAAGAAGAAACAAGUUCUUUGCUUAUGUGUUUUCAUUUAAAUACCUAUCCUAUAAUUUUCCUUUAGGAAUACUAUUGGUUUAGCUUGAGUCCAGUUUUGUGGUGGUAUAUAUGACAUUCCUAUAGCUGCUUUAAAAAUUCUCCUAGACUUGAAAGAGUAAGAAUAAUAAAAAAAAAUCACUCUUUCCUGUCUGGAAGCCAAAUGUUAAGUUUUUUUUUU